GCCAACCUCCCCGGCCCUCCCUAAAAGCAAAGCAUCAUCACUCACUCACUCGAGAAGAAGAUGAGAGAGAAACCGAAGAUAAAGAUAAAACUUUUUAGAUAGCAGGAGAGAGAGAGAGAGGGGGAGAGAGAAACAAAGAAAAGAAAGAUAAACAGCUUUUAUUAUAGAGAGGAGAGAGUGAGUAAGAAGGAGAAAGAGAAAGCUCUGCCCUAGAAAUAUGCAUCCCGAUAAGGACUUGUGUAUGCAGAGCUUUUUGUAGUAAGUAAUAAAAAACGCUUUCCUUCCCACUUCACGCAGAAAUGGCCUCUUUUCUGCAUUUCUCAGUCUGCCUUUAAUUCCCAUAACUUCUCGCAAAGACUGCUUCACUUUCUUUUCUUUCUUUCUUCUUUUUUUUUUUGAAAAAACCCAUCUUCUUCAAAGCUUCUUAGUUUCGAAAGGCUGGACCUUUAACCCCAGUCCACUAAUGUAAGUUACUUUCUUUUUCUGGGUUUUUUUUUUUAUAGAAAAGGAGCAAAAGAUUUUACCCAUUUCUGCUUAGUUUUUGAAGAGAGUUGCAGUUUAGUUCUUUCAACUCAGUUUGACUUUCUAUACUGGCAUUGGCUCCAGCUUUUGUCUGUUUCUUCCUUUUUUCUUUCUCUUUAUUUUUAUUUUGUGUGUAAAUCGUUUUCUUUGGGUUGUGACUUUGAAGUGUGUUAUGGUCUGGGGGUUUGCCGUGGAAGAUGCUUGGUGUUAAAGAUUUGAGGAGCUUCGUUUGUAACGCUAAAUGUCUCUCUUCGGUUUCUGUUCUGGCUGGAUUUCCAGGGCCAUGCGUCUGUGAAUUUUGGUUUAUUGGAAUAUGAACCAUAAAACGAGUUCUUCAUUGAAUUCUUGUAAUCUUUGAUAUGGCGUAUUCUUUUCUCUGUCUCUCUUCAUGUUGGUUCCAAGAUCUAUAUCCUUUUCAACUGUUUAGUGCUCACAAUUUGGAACUUCAUGGGCGCGUUUCUGUUGUUUUGACUUUACAAUUUGUAUGGAGCGUUUGUCAUUGCAUUGAACUUUAGAAAAAAUAGAGCUAUCUUUUUAGUUUUUAUAAAUUGGCUUGUAAGUUGAUUUGAAGGCGCAUUCAAGUAUAGGUUCUUCGAGGUAAAUGCAUGGAUCGAAGGGAUGCUAUGGCAUUAUCGGGGUCUGCAUCUUACUAUAUGCAACAAAGAGGAAUAACCGGGUCAGGGUCUGGAACACAGUCUGGGAUACAUGGAUCACCAGGCAUUCAUCCAUUAUCUAGUCCAAAUGUACAAUACCAAUCAAGUAUUAGUGCCACCACUAUGGGAUCAACGUUAUCUGUAGAGCCUUCAUCAGGAAUUACCCCUCAUAGUGUCAAUGUAGGCACACCUUCAGCUGUGCCACCUAGUGAGACUGUGAAACGGAAAAGAGGAAGGCCCCGAAAGUACGGACCUGAUGGGACUGUUUCAUUAGCAUUGACUCCACCAUCAGCUACUCAUCCUGGGACAAUAACACCAACCCAAAAACGGGGAAGGGGGCGGCCACCGGGUACUGGAAGGAAGCAACAGUUAGCUUCCCUUGGUGAAUGGCUGUCUGGUUCAGCUGGGAUGGGUUUUACUCCACACGUCAUCACCAUUGCAAUAGGAGAAGACAUUGCAACAAAAAUAAUGUCAUUUUCACAGCAAGGGCCAAGAGCUGUAUGCAUUUUGUCAGCUAAUGGUGCUGUCUCUACUGUAACUCUUCGUCAGCCAUCAUCCUCGGGUGGUACUGUCACAUAUGAGGGGCGAUUUGAGAUAUUAUGUCUGUCAGGCUCUUACCUACUGACCAGCAAUGGUGGCUCUCGCAAUCGAACUGGUGGUCUCAGUGUUUCCCUUGCCAGUCCUGAUGGUCGCGUCAUUGGUGGAGGUGUUGGAGGGAUGCUUAUUGCAGCAAGCCCUGUUCAGGUGAUUGUGGGAAGUUUUCUGUGGGGUGGUUCAAAGACAAAGAACAAGAAAGGGGGAGGUCAAGAAGGUGUAAAAGACUCGGAUCAUCAGACUGUUGACAAUAUAGUAACUCCUCCUGGCAUUUCGCCAAGUCAAAAUCUGACUCCAACUUCGGCAGGUGUAUGGCCGGGUUCACGAUCAAUGGAUAUGCGUAACACCCAUGUUGACAUUGAUCUAAUGCGCGGAUGACGGUUUCCUCCUAAUGGUAUCAUGAGCAAUGUAUAUAGUUUGCUGUUGAAGGCCACCUGAUUGUAAUUUGAAAGCCCUAUGGACAGAAUAGAGGCCAGAAGAUUUUUGGCUUGAUGAUUCUCACUUCAUUUACCCAAGACAAUGACAGACAAUGGGAUUUGUUCUGAUAUUUGUAGCUUGGUGACAGCUAGUUCAAAGAUUUUAGAACUCACUAUUUCCACUAAUCCUGAGAGGUACAUUUCAAUCUCUAAUGUGAACCAGUUAAAUAAGACAUGCUUCAGUUCUCUUUA